AUGAGUGCCCUUGUCCGAUUGCUAUCAUCCCAGAAGGAAAAGAUAAGCGCGGCCCCUCGGAAGUACGACGUGUUCUUGAGCUCCAGGGGUGGAGAUACUCGCACCGGCUUCGCGGAUUUCCUCCACAAAAGCCUCUCGGCUACUGGGCUCCGCGUGUUCAGAGACGAGGACGGCAAUCAGCAGAUUGGCCCAGAGGUUCUCCAGGCCAUCCGGACUUGUAGGAUCAUGAUUCCCAUCGUCUCCGAACACUAUGUGCAUAGUACAUGGUGUCUCCGUGAGCUCACCGAGAUUAUGCGAUGUCACAGUAAUCACGGCAAAUCGGUCUUCCCUGUAUUCUAUAAAGUGAAUGUUGCUGAUUUAGGCCGCCAAGGCGGUAACUUGCGUAGCUCUGGAGAUGCUUUAUGUGAACAUGAGAUGAUGCCGUGCAGGCGAGAAGAAGCGCAAGAAUGGGUAGAAGCGCUGUGUUCUCUAACGAGGAUUAGAGGAUGGACGUCACAGGCCAUUGCUAAUGGGUAUUUAUGUCUCUGUAUCUGCGAAUCUGAAUUGGAAAUCGUGCACGUAUAUGACGUCAAUGUCUAA